AUGGCUGGCCACGUGAGAUCGGCCUCCGACUCGAGCGGUCGACAGUUCCCGGUCGGUCCAUGCGCUGUCCGUCCGCGUGCCGUCAGCCCGUUCGCCGCCACGAGUAAGGGCAGCCUCCGACCAGAGUACCCUGCCGGUCCCCGUCAACCCGUGCGCCGUAAGCCAUUGCGCUGUCAGCACUUGCGCCGUCAGCACUUGUGCCGUCAGCCCUUGCGUCGUCAGCCCUUGCGCCGUCAGCCCUGGCGCCGUCAACCCUUGCGACAGUCCCUUCUCCGUGAGCUCAUGCGGAGUCAGCUGGUGCGCCGUCAGCCCGUGCGCUCAGUCCUUUCGGCGUCAACUCGUGCGCCGUCGUCUGUUCCCCGUGGCGUGUGGCACAGAACCUCGGAGGGCGACGGCGUGGGCGGCAGCGCGGCGGCGGCGGCGGCGUGCAGGCGGCGCGAUGUGGCGCUAGCGAUGCGCUGCCGACGCCACGGCCGCCUGUGCGUGCUGGUGCUGCUGCUGACGGUGUACGCGGGCGCGCUGCUGCUCCUGCUCGCACUGCCCGCCCUGGAGCCCUACAGGGGAGAGGCCGAAGCAAAUUAUAAAUUUGCAAUAUUAGACGUUAGUGUCUAUGGGAAAACGGUAGCGGGCCGAGCGGCGGCGGAGGUGGCGGCGGAGGCGGCGGCGGCGGCGGUGUCGGCGGCGGAGUGGGCGGCGCGGCGCCGCGGCCGGCGGGCUGCGUCCGGGGGCGUCGCGGCGGCCGCGCCUCGUGUGGUGCCGCCCCAUGGGGUACCUGCUGCGGCCGCGCGCGCCUGUCGCGCUCGCCUCUUUCCCGGGCUCCGGCAACACCUGGCUGCGCUACCUGCUGCAGCAGGCCUCCGACAUCCAGCGCAGCUUAAGGUGCCAAUAGCCCUCCUGCCGUUCCCAUUGUGCGAUUUGCGCCUGUUGGCAGGUGUGUACACGGGGUCCGUGUACCACGACCACGGGCUGCUGAAGAACGGCUUCCCGGCGGAGGGCGUGGUGAACGGGUCGGUGGCGGUGGUGAAGACGCACGAGUGGGGCGAGGCGGCGCGCCGCCCCUUCGCCCGCGCGCUGCUGCUGGUGCGCGCGCCGGCCGCCGCCAUCCUCGCCGAGUUCAACCGCCAGAGCGGCGGCCACGUGGGGCACGCCGCCCCCGACCGCUACCGGCGCAACGGCGGCAAGUACUGGCAGCAGUUCGUGCGCGACAAGUUGGCGGUGUGGCGCGCCACCAACCUGGACUGGGCCGUCAACUUCAAGGGCCCCGCGCUGGUGCUGCACUACGAGGCGCUGGUGCGCGACCCGGGCCCGCCGCUGCGCCGCGUGCUGCGCUUCCUGGGGCUCAGCGCCAACGAGAGCGACGUGCGGCGCGCCGGCGCAGGCGCCCUUCGACCCGUUCUCGGCCAAGAUGAGGCGGCGCUGGCGCGCGAGCAGGAAGGCGUGCUGGCGGCGCUCGCGGCAGGCGCGGCCCUCGCUGGACGAGGCCGCGCCCACCACCCUGCCGCCGCCCGUCAGCUGACCGCGCACCGCCCGGCCCCGCUGCGGGCCCCGCGCCCGCCGGGCCCACGCCAGCCGACGCUCGCCCACCCCUGCCCCCAGGGACCACUCGCCCACGCAAGAAGGCACCUCCACGGGGCUCCUACGCAGGCUGUGCCCGCCGUAGCAGUUCAACAGGGGCUUGGCCUCAACAGGGACGAAAAGCCUCCGAAGUCUUUCGAACUCGAGGGUGACAAUUAUUGUUACGUUUCUUUAAAUUGCUAA